AUGCCUUCUCAGAUCCGAAGACGGAGCCAGGCUGGCAGGGCAGGCCUCCGAGAGAGGGACCAGCUUCUGGCCAUUAAUGGGGUCUCCUGCACCAGCCUCUCUCACGCCAGUGCCAUGAGCCUCAUCGAUGCCUCGGGGACUCAGCUUGUCCUCACUGUGUGGCGGGCGGAGAAUGAGGGGUGUGUGCGCUCUCCAUCCCCGAGUGAUCUCCGAGUGCUGUCACCCCUCUCCCCUCUGAGCCCCGAGACCCCCGGGGCUCCGGUUGCCCAGCCUCUUCAGCCCAGGAGCCUCCUGUCCCCCCCUGACAGCGAGGCUUACUACGGGGAGACAGACAGUGACCCUGAUGGCCCCACCACCCAGGAGAAGCCUCGCCGCUCCCGCCGCCGAGGCCCCACGAGGCCCACCCCACCGGGAGCCCCACCUGAUGAGGUCUACCUGUCGGACAGCCCUGCAGAGCCGGCGCCUGCUGUCCCUGGCCCCCCCAGCCAGGGUGACAGCCGGGUGAGCUCUCCAUCCUGGGAGGACGGGGCCACCCUUCAGCCACCCCCAGCGGAAGCCCUGCUGUUGCCCCAUGGUCCCCUCCGGCCUGGCCCUCAUCUCAUCCCUAUGGUAGGGCCUGUCUCCCACCCCGUGGCCGAAGAUCUUACAACCACCUAUACCCAGAAGGCCAAGCAAGCCAAACUGCAACGGGCUGAGAGCCUCCAAGAGAAGAGCGUGAAGGAAGCCAAGACCAAGUGCCGGACCAUUGCGUCGCUGCUCACGGCGGCCCCCAACCCCCACUCCAAGGGGGUUCUGAUGUUUAAGAAGAGGCGGCAGCGAGCCAAGAAGUACACGCUGGUGAGCUUCGGCUCGGCGGCCGGGGCGGGCGCGGCGGCGGAGGAGGAGGACGGCGUGCCGCCCACCAGCGAGUCGGAGCUGGACGAGGAGGCCCUCUCCGACGCUCGCAGCCUCACGGCCCAGUCCGACUGGGACAGCCCCUACCUGGACAUGGAGCUGGCCGGGCCGGGCCCCGGGGUGCCACCCAGCGAGGCGUCGGGUCGGGGGGUGCAGCGCGCCGCCUCGGGCUCCAGCGCCCACGAGGCGCCCCGGGAGGCCCCGCCCGCCCCUGCUCGGGCGCACAGUGCUCCCCCCGAGGCGGCGCCGCUGCCACUCAGCCCCCCGCCCUUCCUCGCGGGCGGUGCCGGCCCCGCCCCGGCGCCCAGCAUCUUCAACCGCUCGGCCAGGCCCUUCACCCCCGGCCUGCCGGGGCAGCGGCCGGCCCCCUCCUCGGUGGUUUUCCGGCCCCACGCCCCCAAGCGCGUGAACGAAAGCCCAGGGGGGCUCGGCCCCGCGCCACCCCCCUUCGUGUCCUCCGCGCCCUGGGCCCACUCCGCUCCCGGCCUCGCGCCCAGCACCCCGCGCCCCCCGGGGGGCCCCGUGACGGCCACCAGCUCCCUGUACAUCCCCGCCCCCGCGCGCCCGGUCACGCCGGCCGCCGCCCCCGAGCCCCCCGGCGCCGCGGCCUUGACCUCCACCGCGUCCAUCUUCCUGUCUGCGCCGCCGCGACCCGCCGCGCUCCCCGGCCCCGCCGAGGCCCCCGCGGCCCCCGGCCCCGCCGCGGCCCCCACGCCCAGCGCGCGCGAGCAGCGCAUCUCCGUGCCCGCCGCCCGCACGGGCAUCCUGCAGGAGGCGCGGCGCCGCGGCACCCGCCGGCAGAUGUUCCGGCCCGGCCACGAGGACGCCAAGCACUCGCCCAACCCCGAGCUGCUCUCGCUGGUGCAGAACCUGGACGGGAAGGGCCGCGCCGCGGGCGCCGAGUCGGGCCCCGAGGACGACGCGCUGAGCCUGGGCGCCGAGGCCUGCAACUUCAUGCAGCCGCCGGGCGCGGGGGGCUGCAAGGCCCCGCCCGCCGCGCCGCCCAAGACCCCGCCCCCGGUGCCCCCAAAGACGCCACCCCCGGUGGCACCCAAGCCCCCUUCCCGAGGGAUCCUGGACGGGCUAGUGAACGGGGCGUCCUCCUCCGCGGGCGUCCUGGAGCCGCCCCGGCUGCAGGGCAGGGGUGGGGAGCUAUUCGCCAAGCGGCAGAGCCGAGCCGACCGCUACGUGGUGGAAGCGCCCCCGGGUCCAGGCCUGGGCCACGGCCCUCGGCCCAGAAGCCCCUCGCCCACCCCGUCCCUGCCGCCCUCCUGGAAGUACUCGCCCAACAUCCGCGCCCCGCCUCCCAUCGCGUACAACCCGCUGCUUUCGCCCUUCUUCCCCCAGGCCGCGCGCACUCUCCCCAGCAAGGCCCAGUCCCCCGGGCCACAGGGAGCCCCCAAGCAAGGUAUCAAGGCUCUCGAUUUCAUGCGACACCAGCCCUACCAACUUAAAACCGCUAUGUUUUGUUUUGACGAGGGCCCCUCAACUCCCGGCCCUACUAGCUCAGUGGCCCCCAAAACCGCCCGCGUCCAGGAGAUCCGCCGGUUCUCCACCCCAGCCCCCCAGCCGACGGCGGAGCCCCUGGCCCCCACUGUGCUCGCCCCUCGUGCUGCCACGACGCUAGACGAGCCCAUCUGGAGAGCCGAGCUCGCCUCACUCCCCGCGCUGAGUCCAGUCUCUGGGCCAGAGUCUCCCAGGGGGAUUGGGGUCUCCCCCAGCUCCUGCGGCUUCCAGGUUGCCAGACCCAGAUUUUCAGCCACCAGAACCGGCUUGCAGGCUCAGGUGUGGAGGCCUGGCGCAGCUCACCACUGCCCGGGCAGCUAGGACCAACGGAAGGCGGCACACCGGGUGUCUAGGGUUCUACCCAUCCCUCCCACCGCUCUUCAGGGGUCUGGAGGCGAAAUUCCCUCCUGCCUGCCAGAGAUAGCUUUGGAGUUGAUUGUCACAUCCCCCAGUUUCCCUCCAACUUCCUGGCCGCUUUCUUCCCUUCUGCUACCUUUACUUUGUCCCCACACUUCUCUUGUCUCUAGUACUUUGCCUAAUCUCUCUCUCUCUCUCUGAAUCCCACCCGCAUUCUUCCAUUGGUCUAUUUCCCCUUACUGGUGCUUUUCCUCUGUUCCUCAUGGUGACGUAUAAUGAGACACACACUGCUGACAGCUCAGGCAAGAAACUGGCAGCAAGAGGAGGUGAAGGGACUGAAGAGACCCCUGCAGGCACUAACUGACUUCCUGCACCUCCCUCUUUCCUAAAUGUGGCUGGCUUAUAUCUUUGUGUGCUUAUACCUAUGUGGCUUCUGCCAGGUGUGCACAUAUGCAAUGUCCGAGGCCAGGGUGAGAGAGAGGAGAGGCCUAACCACGCCCCCAACCUGGCUGUUACCUUCCCUGGGGGAGAGAAGGCUCAGAUCUGCCCCUGGGUGUAGUCCCCCACCCCUCGGGAAAAUGAGGGCACUGGCUGGAACACCAGCCUCGGUGGCAGAGAUGCAGCAUUCUGGGAAAGACAGAAUGAGGAGACCGGAAGGGGCCAGGGCAGUUUGUACUGACUAAGUUAAUACCAUCUAGAUCAGGAAUAGAAUUUUAUUUUUCAGGAUUUCAGAAAGUUAGCAAUUUGAAGUACCCUUGCACAAAAAGCAUCCACGGUAUGGGGGUAAACGUUUUUUCCCUGAGAAUGAGAAAAAUGAUCUUUUCCCCCAUUGCUUCAGACCUAAAACAGGAGGGUAAAAAGAGUGAGUGUGUGGAAGGUGAGGCAGGAACCAGGGGCAGCACAGAAAUGCAUGAAGGUGAGUCAUGGGGAGGGGUGCAGCGAGGAACCGAAGUGCUGGUGUGGUGAGGCUGGGUCAGGAGCAGCCAACUGCCUGCGAGACAGGGCCGGAGAGAUGGGGGGAGGGGAAUGUGGUCAUGAGAGUGAGGGGCAUGAUGUGGGGUUGGGGGACUGCGUGUAGAGGCUGAGUGUAAAAAAACAUCUAGUAUCUGUGCUCCCUUCUUUGAGUCUCUUUGAGUCUGUCUGCCUAUCUGUCUACUGCCGCUUGUCUUGCCUACCUGGGAACAAGCAAGGAAAUACCCAGAGCCCAAACUCUUCCCACUGAUACCUGAUCCUCAAGCCAUAGGCUUUGUUCCUUUCCAGCUGCCUGAGGUUCUGAACUCCCACCCUUACUUCCUCCAGACACCUUUGCUGUUGACCUGGAAAUUGACCGUUUCCUUUAUUACACUGGGUGUGAGUCACAGUGCUUUGAUUUGUGCACAAGAAUAAACAUA